AUGUCAAUUCAACAGCAUCUACAACAAUUUCUUUCAAGAACACAUACUAACCAUAAAACAUUCCAUGUGUUCAACCUUGACUCUGAUCUAUACUCAUCACCUCCACUCAUCAAAAACUCAUCCGCCACAUCCUACCGACAUCGUCUUCUCCUAGUUUCCGCACCUACUGUUGGCUUUAUAUCUGGCUUGGAAGCAUACGAAUACACUGUUUCAAAACAAGAUAAAAUAGAACACAUGAUUUACAUCUCCAAGGUGGAUACGACCAUGACAACCGAAGAAACGAGAGGAGUGACGAGACAACUUGUUUUGGCCUAUUUAGCAAGCUUACCGUCCAAUACCACCGUAUUUGUGUUUGCAAGAGCACAACCUCAGUACCUGUUUGCCAACUCGGCCAAGAACACGAACAAGGCCGCCCUGUCCGACCGCGACCUUGUCUCUUGGUGGCUUCAUACACUCAAUAGAGCUCCCAACGCCGAAAAAGGUUGGUGGUUUGUGCCUGGAGUAGAGGAUGAGUCCAGUGCUCUGAUCGAGAUUGGAGCAAGAAAGCGACAGUGGGAAGCUGCAUUCGACUGGACUUAUGGAAGCUCUUAUUCCCCAGAUGCAAAGGCCCUGGAUGUAAUUCCACGGUUUGAGGAUGAUGCCAAGGCACGAUUCUUGAAGGAUCAUAUAGAUGAUGAUUUGUCUGUGAAAGGGUUUUGGGAGUUACUAGCAUUUAGCGAAGAAUGCGGAUCUGGAAAAAUCACUGGUUUCUUCGAGCUCAAAGUCAAUGGUUGUUUAUUGGAAGAAAAAAAAGCCGAAAAGGAAAAGGAAAAAGAUGACAAGUUUACAGAAUUUUGGAACAAGCUCAUGUUCUUGGACUUUCACAAUAAGGAAUCCAUUUUAUCCUCCACCCAGACCGCAGUCAGGGAAAUUGAAAAGAGAUAUUCUAAAGAAUGUCAAUUUGAGAUUACGGUUGAACAAAACAGGCCAUUGGAACAAACGAAAAGUAAGCAGCCUGUAGUCAAUACGCUCUCAAGCAUGCAGAUUAAACGAAAGAGAGAACAAGUGAAUAGCAAGGAAGCAGCGGUAAACACACUUUCAGGUUCGUUCAUUAAGCGUAAAAAAAACUGUAAUCAUAAUUGAGUCCUGUAAUUGGAAUAAACUCUCCCUACAGCCAAAAAACAGUGUUUAUUUCAAUUGUCUGAUCGCUGCUAUACGUCAUGAUGUGUUGUAUGUUAUGAGUAUCUCUAAUGUGUUUCUGAUUUCGAAAAAAUGUAUACCUUAUUUUAUUUUGGCCAUCUUUAAUUCUUUAAAACAGCAAGUGAUAUAUACAUAUAUAAGAUC